UUUUGUUUUCCUUUUCAGUUUCCAUUUUCUUUUCAUUGUGGUCAGUUUCAGAAAUUCCAAAAUUAUGUAUUAUUUAUUAAAUAAUGCGACUCAAAUAAUUUAGAAAUAAAUGCGCAUUGUAUUGUUUCCUAGGUUCCGUAGAUUGUUGUUAGAUAUCAGGUUGAAAAGUACGGCAGCUACAUCCAAAAUGCAAGUUUUCACUCAGAAAAGAAAUCCCAUUACCGGCAGUACAGAAUGGGACGUGCAACACGAAGAUUACGAUUAUCACCAGGAAAUCGCUCGCUCCGCUUUUGCGGAUAUGCUGCAUGAUACAGAGAGGAAUAAAAAGUACCACAGGGCUCUGCAACUGGCGAUAGAGAAGAUGCAUGACGCUGGAAAAAAAGCUAAUGUUUUGGACAUAGGAACAGGUACUGGUUUAUUAUCCAUUAUGGCAGUAAGGUGUGGAGCUGACACUGUCACCGCUUGUGAAGCGUUCAAGCCUAUGGCAGAAUGCUGUUCGAAAAUUCUGCAGAGGAAUGGUGUUGCUGAUAAAAUCACUGUCAUACCAAAGAGGUCCACUGAUUUGACAGUGGGAGAAAAUGGGGACAUGAAGGAAAAGGCUAAUAUCUUAGUGACUGAAGUGUUUGAUACUGAAUUGAUUGGAGAAGGUGCUCUAUCAACAUUUGCUCAUGCACACCAGUACCUUUUGGAAGAAGAGUGCGUAGUGGUUCCUGACUCUGCUGUGAUCUACGCACAAGUGGUGGAAUGUCCCACUCUGCAGAAGUGGAAUAAACUUAAUGAUCUUGCAGAUGAAGACUUGAAGGUUAUAUUGAGGACUCCACAAAAGAUGAAAGACUGCGCCGGUUCAGCCGCGGUCCACGACGUGCAGUUGUCUCAGCUGCCUCGUCACAGCUUCAAGGAGCUGUCGGACCAGAUCCCCGUGUUCUACUACGACUGGUCGGGUCGCUCGCCCGUUGACUGUCGGAGGACUGUCAAACAGCAGUUCACUGUGACCAACACAGGGCGAGCUCAGAUUGUGUUCAUGUGGUGGGAGCUUAAUAUGGAUAUGGAAGGUAAAAUAUUGCUAAGCUGUGCCCCAUGGUGGACUCAUCCUGACGCUGACUUAUCAUCAGAGAGACCACAGGACUCCAUACCCUGGCGAGAUCACUGGAUGCAAGGCGUCUAUUACCUUCCCCAAGAAAUCACAGUACAAAAAGAAUCAGAUGUAACAUUAGUGUCCUGUCAAGAUGAAUAUUCUCUAUGGUUCUAUUUGGAAGAUGAGAAAACUAAGCACAAACAUUAUAAAAGGCCUAUUUGUGAGUGCGGUGUUCACAUGGCUUUAUCGAGAACUCACGUUUCUUACUUAAAUGAUGGGAAACGAAGUAAAAAGUUACUCGCACAAAUUAAAGAUGAUUUGGUUAAUGAUGCAAUAGUGUUGGAUUUAAAUGGCAGUAGUUUGUUAGGUUUGGCUGCAGCUAAAAUGGGAGCCAAGACGGUAUACAUACUAGAGAAUACCAAUCUUAAUAUUGGCAUCUUGAAUGAUUACAUCCAAGCGAAUAAUUUGGAAAAUGUGGUCAUACUUCCAGAUGUUACCGAUGAACUAACAGAGAAAGUAACAAAUGUUGUUUGCGAUCCUAAUUUCAGCAGUGCUAUUCUGCCAUGGGAGAAUUUAAAAAUGGCGUAUCUGUUAUACAAAUAUAAGAGUAAACUGAAUGAGUCAGUGAAGAUUGUUCCAGAAAGUUGUGAGUUGUGGGCGAUGCCUGUCGAGUUCCAGGAUUUACACAAAAUAAGGAUACCGUUGGGUUCUUGUGAGGGCAUCGAUAUGACAAUAUUUGAUGAUCUAGUUGAAAGUUCCCGUAUAAUAAGUGACGCGGAGAUAGAAGCGCAGCCCCUGUGGGAGUAUCCGUGCAAAUGUGGCGGCCUGCCGCGGAGAUUGAUCGAAGUGAACAUGAACGAUUUGAGAGUGACGUACGCUUGCGACGGCGAUCACACUGUAGCUGAUACAGAAUCCGAGCUAUCGCAGCCAGUGAACGGGUUCGUGGUGUGGGCCACGUGGUCGGUGGGCGGCAAGCCGACGAGUGCGGGCCCCGGUGAGUGGCCGCGCGUCGGCGAGCGUGUGAUCUGGGACAUGCACACCCGACAGGCCGUCAAAAUACUAAAAAAAUCUAAAAUCGUGAGCGUGACAGACAAAUGGAGUUAUCAAGUGGCCUGUGAUUUAGAAAAGGGCCAGUUUAAUCUCAAUAUUGAUUGGGCUAAAGAAGAGACAUAAAUUAUUUAUGCAUUAUACUAAUGAAUGAAUGAAUGUAUAUAUGUUAUUGAAAUGAAUGCUUUGUGCUUAAAACAUAUUUUACGAAAUAAAUAUUAUGAUGGAUAUAUCAAUUAAUUGUU